UGCAACUUGGAGCAGUUCUUACAACUCUCUCUCUCUCUCUCUCACUUCUUCACCUGAAGCUUUUGGCGAGAGGAAGAAGAGACAAGAAAAAAAAUGGCCAGGGAAGGGGAGAAUGGUGCAAGGCAAGAGAGGUACAUGGAAGAGGGAGGUGGCGUUAAUGGGAGAGAUGAGAGUGCUAUUCCUGAGCACGGAUAUGGCAGCUCCCCUGACACUGACAGAGGCUGUGGCCUCUCCUUGUCUGUUCCCUUCUUGCAGAAGGUGAUUGCUGAAAUUUUCGCAACCUACUUCCUCAUAUUCGCGGGCUGUGCUUCGGUCACCGUUAACCUGAGCAAGGGAAUGAUCACCUUCCCUGGCAUAUGUGUCGUGUGGGGACUUGCCGUCAUGGUCAUGGUCUACUCUGUCGGUCACAUCUCCGGUGCCCACCUGAAUCCUGCCGUCACCAUUGCCUUUGCUACAUGCAGGAGGUUCCCAUGGAAACAGGUGCCGGCUUUUGUAGUAGCUCAGCUUCUGGGGGCAACCCUUGCGAGUGGAACGCUGCGUCUGAUGUUUGGGGGGCGGCACGAACACUUCCCGGGGACAAUACCGACAGGCUCUGACAUGCAAUCUCUUGUGCUCGAGUUCAUCAUCUCAUUCUACCUGAUGUUUGUCAUCUCUGGAGUGGCAACCGACAACAGAGCUAUUGGAGAAUUGGCAGGUCUUGCAGUUGGUGCUACAAUAUUAUUAAAUGUUCUCAUUGCCGGUCCUAUAUCGGGUGCAUCGAUGAAUCCUGCGAGGACAAUUGGGCCAGCGAUCGUGGCAAACCGGUGGACAGGGAUCUGGGUCUACAUCGUUGGACCAGUUUGUGGAACUAUAGCCGGGGCAUGGGCUUAUAAUCUCAUCCGCUUCACCAACAAGCCACUUCGCGAGAUCACUAAGAGUGGGUCUUUCCUCAAGAGCUCGAGGAACAACUCCACUUGAUCCGACUUGCCAAGAGAAACAUAAAUAGCUAUUCUAUCCGUGUGCUUCCUAGUGUCAAAUAGAUAUGAAGUAUGAAUAGAGUAAUUAGUGAAGUAUAUUGAUCCCCCUAAGUAACAAUUCUCCUUAGGUUUUUGAGAAUGAAUGUGAUUAAAAUUAUAAUGCUUACA